AUGAACAAAGAUAUACUUUCAGAUCCAUGCUCCAGUCAAAACACGUCAGAAUUGCUUCAUUUUAUACUUAAUUCAAGCAAAUAGUCAAAUAAAUUCAAAAGAGUUCUCCCUCGAUUAUCAAUCACAGAAACCCUAAACAAUUCCAUUCCACGCUCUCGACUCAUGUCUUUAAACCAUGAACCUACUGGUUUCAUUACUUCAAGAAUUAAUUAAAUUCAAUACACAGGAGAUUAUUGCUAUAAAGCUUAGAAUAAUCAAACGUUACUGCUAAAACAUUAGCCAGAGAGAAAUGCAGAUACAAUGGAAAAAUCUAUUGAGUGUAGUCCAUCAGUUCGUUCUUAAUAAACAACAAAGGUAAUUGAGACAUGA